UACUUUUUCACCGUCACGAUCUCCUCAGCACCCCCCCCCCGAAUUAUUCCCUUUUCUUCUCUUCAUGAGUUGCCUACACGAAGCCUUUUCAUCGACGGCCAUGUUGGCUGUUUCGGGGUAACAUUGUUGAGAAUCAUUGUUGACUCGUAACUGCUGUCGCUCGUCUCGUCGCCGAUCUUCUCCUUCGAAUCUUCAUGUUGGUUAACGAAUGUCCUCCCUCGUUACCGUCGACCUAUGGCAUCUAUGAGCCAACAUUUUAUCUCAGGAGCCCAGGGUCACCAUUAUGGUUCCAUAUCAUCGACCUACAAGCCCACCAUCCCCGCCGGGGCUUCUGUCGUUGCUGCAUGGUACCGAACAGCCUCAUGACUCGGGGAAUGACUCGGGAACUCGACCGUUGUCAUUGGUCGCUGUUGUCAGUGAAGAGCUGGAUCAGGAUUUUGGUCGAAGAAAGAGAGAAUGCCGCCAGUGGUGGCCCUGACAUAGGGCCACAUAACCAGCAGGCAAAAUCUGUAUUUUGACGGAUGGGAGGAUUUGGCUUGGCCCCCUGUAGCAUUUGUGAUUACAUAAGCUGGUCACAACCCCAAUCCCAAUCGCCAAAAAGUCCUACGCCGUCCUGCAAAAGUUUACAUCCGACCACCAUCAGUGAUCACUAUAUCCGCCCUACGAUGGCCGCUGCGAUUUCGCUUCUCUCCUCUCUCUUCUUCGCAAGACUGUGUCUAGCCCAGGAUAUCAAUGGCAUGGACAUGACGAUGGAUAUGCCUAUGGACCUCGCCAGCGGACAUAUGUUGAUGUAUUUUCACUUCACACCUGGUGAUAUCCUGUGGUUCGAAGGAUGGGUACCUCAAAGUAAAGGGGCAAUGGUCGGAGCUUGCAUUGGACUGUUCUUACUGGCUCUUGUUGAUCGAUGGGUGGCUGGGUGUAGGGGUAUCAUGGAGGCACAUUGGGGGAAAAGGGCCCAGAUAGCAUACGUUAACAAGAUUAACUCGGAUUCUCACAUCAAUAAGAAAGUGAAAGGCACUUCCCGCUCCGCUCCUUCUCCCUCGGUUCUUGACUUGGUCACGAUGCGAACGAUUGUACCCUUCAUUCCAGCUCAUGAUAUCGUGCGAGGAAUCAUGCAAGCCGGGCAAGCGGCCAUUGGUUUCGCUCUCAUGUUGGCUGUUAUGACGUUUCAAGUGUCGUUCUUGAUAGCGAUCGUGAUCGGUUUGGGGGUUGGAGAGACGUUGUUUGGGAGAUCUAGGAUUGUUGCUCAUGUCUAGCAAGCUGCACGUAGCCCCUAAACUAUCUGUAUUUUCAUGGCUAUCUACUUAUCCAUGAUACAACUUCCGUUUUUAUCGAGUUUGGGAGAUGUCCUGACAUAUACAUACAUUCAUGGUGGCUGACGGCUUGAAUUUCACACAAGCGCACGUUUCAAUAGAAAAUUUUUUUGUCCUC